GAGAAAUGGCAAAAAAAAGCUUAAUUCUCAUUUGUGUCUCUAUAAUUCUCACGCAGCUCGUUAUCGUGAGUUGUAACGAAGAAGAUAUAGAUUGGACUACUGUUCACGAUGAAUUAAGGAAAAUGGCUGGAGGUUUACGAAAAAAAUGUACCGGUGAGACCGGUGCGACAAACGAGAUGCUAGAGGAGGCAGAAUUAGGCGAAUUUCCGACUAAAGACAAAACAUUGGGGUGUUACUUCAAAUGUGUAAUGGAAAAAGGGGGAGCGAUGAAAAAAGACGGUAAAAUAAACUACAAGAUCUUAUCCAAGUUGAUGCCGCCGGCAUACAAACAUAUUGGAAUGGAAAUGCUCGAUCAGUGUCGUAAUAUAGAGGGUACUGACAAGUGCGUCAUAGCCAUGAACUUUAAUAAAUGCAUGUUCAACGCAAAUCCUGUGGCGUAUUUCGUUAUCUAAAUAUAGGUAGAUGUGUAAAUUUGAGCUUGGCGCGCGCGCGCGCGCGCAAUAUAUAUAUUUCACAAAAUAAAAUAC